AUGGUGACGAAGAAGAAAGCCAGAAAGAAUGAGGAUUUUAAAAAGGUGAAACUGAAGAUUGGCAAGAAAUUAAAAAAGACCGCCACCACCGAUACAACGAUAAAAGCAAAACGGGUUGUUCUGGCGAAUCAGCUUGAAGAAAAGGUCGCUGCAGAAGAUAAACCGCUAUCCUAUCGGGGAUUAACCUUAGAUGAACUUAGUACGCAGUUAGGGCAUUUCAAUAAGAAUAUUCGAAAUGGGGCCAUAAUGGGUCUCAAGCAGAUUCUGUCUUCCCGUCCGGACCUCAUUGCUGCUCAUCUUCGGACACUGGUGCCCUCAAUUGCUAGAUUGCUCUCGGAUAAUACACUUGAGCCAAAACAUUAUGCUCAGCUUAAAGCCCUGUUAAAGGUGAUUUGCACAGCUCCAAGUGGCACAAUGUCAGCCCAUAUUACAUUAUUUCUGGCGCACGUUUACCGAGCAUUGUCACACAUGGAAAUUCAAGUUCGCAAUUUCGCCUUGUCGAUUUUAUCGAUUCUAAUGGAAACUUAUCCGAAAUUGUGCCGAAACAACGCCGAUUUGUUUCCGUCGUUCAUCAAUUUUCUAUCGAGCUCACGAAAACCGAAAUGGAAUUCGCCGAAAUUCCUCGACACCAUCACUCAAUUCAUUAAUAUUUUCGAUGUGAACAAAAAGAAAAAACGGACGGAAACUGAGUUGGAAUUGAAUUUUGAGCGCGAAACUCUUCAUGUUUCAAGUGUCGGACGAGUUUUUCAAGAAUCCUCCAACGUGAGCCCAUUCGACUUCGCCGUGCUCACAUCGGCCAAGACGACGUCGGUGUCACCGUUCGAGCUUCCAUCGGCCCUUCUGAGCCUAAUCAAAGCGGUCUCACCAAUUCUGUCGAACAGCAUUUUGGAGGAUACUGGCGGCGCGUUUAUGCAGCAAACGUGUCAGAUUAUCGAAUCGAUUGUGAAAGCCGCCGAAAAUCAACCCAACGAAUUUUUGAUGAAGGAUUUUAAGAAAAGCGUCUACGACUCAAUGGAAUCGGUUCGAAAAUCGAUCGAAAAACGAAAAGGGAGCAGCGCGAAGCUGAAAUCGUCGGCGAAAUGGCUGAUAGCGGCGGAUUUUGUAUAA